CUCGAAAGACACACCCGUCGCCGAACGUGCGUCGCUCUCAGCAGGCUCCCAUCCGCACGGGGAUUCCACCGAGCUGCCGUCUGCUUCUGUCGUUUCGGCGAGCUCGGGCGUCCGCAAUUCGGCAGCCACGCUGGCGGGCAGGUCCAGCCGGGCUGCCCCACGCCCAGACUCGAAUCCCACCAGAGGCAAGCAGGUAGCAGAGUAUAACGCCAAUGACUUUGCCUCGCCGGCAAGUACCGUCUCGCGAGCUGACUCCCAGAAGAAGCCCGGCCUGUUUUCCCGCAACAGCGUCGGCAAGGGCCCUGCCGCGUCGAUCAUAGGAUCGGGGCUGCCGGUUCCCAAGAGCAAGCCCAACAUUGGCAUGGCCGACGACUAUGCCCCCGCCUCGAGCCCGGUCCAACUGCCGCCAGUAGUGCUGCCAAAGCCCCAGACGUCGACGCUGUCAUUCUUUAGGAAGAAGCCAAAGCCCGACGAAAGCCACAACAAGCCGAGCAAGUCGCUGACCGACGUGCGCGAGUCGAAAAAGGCCCUUACCUCCGAGUCCUCCAAGCUGUCCAAGAUCACGGACUCGGAGAAGCCCAAGAGUAACGCCGACGACAUCGAGAGAAACACGCGACACAGCGAAGUCGUUGCGCUCAUGUCCGGUACAACGGUUUUGUCGAGCCGUUUCCACUCGCAGUACAAGAUUGGGGACUUGGUUGGCGAUGGAGCAUUUGGGUUUGUCCUGACGGUGACCCAGAUCUCAACGAACGUGGAGGCCGCCGCCAAGUUCAUCAUAAAGGACAAGAUUCCCAAGGAGCACUGGAUCGAAUCGAGUCGUUUUGGACUGAUUCCUUACGAGAUCCAUAUUCUCUCAUGCCUGGACCACCCGAACGUCAUAAAGUACAUUGAUCAUUUUUAUGAAGGACCCUAUGUGAUUCUGAUCACGGAACUGCAUGGCGUUCAGUGGUCGUGUGAGAACCCCUCGCUCAACCCCGCCAAGAACCCCGGCUUGAGAAAGGCGCCUCGGCCAAAGGUCGAGACUGAUCCCGUGGACGGCAAUUACGAAGCGAGCCCGCUCUUCCGACUGACCAAGGAGCAGGAAAAAUCGAUCAGGCGCCGGACCUCAUGCGAUCUGUUUGAAUGCAUAGACGCUCACACCCAUAUCCCCGAGCACAUCGGCGCCAAGAUCUUUGCGCAGAUAGCCCUCGCCGUCCAAUACAUGCACGUCAACAAUAUUGUUCAUCGCGAUCUCAAGGAUGAGAAUAUUGUGAUCGGCGACGACUACUUCAUCAAGCUGAUCGACUUUGGAUCGGCUUCGCGUAUUCCUCGGAGAGAGGACGAAUUCUUUACAAAGUUUAACGGGACCGCCCACUUUGCUUCGCCAGAGAUUGCCCAUGGCAAUCCGUAUCGUGGCCCAGAAGCCGAAGUAUGGUCGCUGGGGGUUCUGCUGUUCACGAUCAUAUUCGGAGAGAACCCUUUCCAGACCCGGGCCGACAUCAUUAAGGGCGAAUACAGAUUUCCGUUCAAGGUUGACGAACCGCUCAUGGAUCUGCUCGACGGCAUGCUGACCUACGACUCGGCACGGCGGUACAGCAUUAGGGACGUCAUCGGGCAUCCCUGGCUCAAGAAACCGAUCGAGAGCCUCAAGAAAGAGUAUCGUCACUUUGACUUUGCGCCGUGCAUCGACAUUGACUACAUCCACGAGAGCGACGUGGACGAGUAGCCGUCCCGACUCAGGUCUUGAAAUGAUCGCUUGGAUUCAUGUGGUCGGUGCCAGCGCUGUGUUGUGGUCGCUACGGCAGUUGUCUGCGCUCCCUCUGUUAUGUUCAAACGAGCCAUCAGACAUAUGCAUCCGCAGCCGACGGAUAUCCAGCCAUGGCCAGCGAGUACUCAGC